GCAGGUGAUGAAUAACCCGAACCCUCUAAACCAAAGGGAGGGGGAAAAGAAGAGCGCAGAGGUACCGUCCUUCCACCCAGCAAUGGAGAAUUUGCAAAGUGCUCUUAAAGAUUAUAGCUUAUCAGUUUCCACCGUCCCAGAAAAGGGUCGUUCUCUCUUCGCUUCAAGGGAUUUCUAUCCAGGGGAUGUGAUUAUAGGCCAAGAACCUUACGUUUGUGUUCCAAACAACUCCUCACUUUCCACCCCCAAAAGGUGUGAUGGAUGUUUCAUUACAUCUGAUGUCCUUAGAAGGUGCUCACGUUGCCAUGUUGCAUACUAUUGCGGAACCGCAUGUCAGAGGUCAGAGUGGAAGCUGCAUCGCCUUGAGUGUGAGGUCGUCUCAAGGCUUGACAAGGAUAAGAGAAAAUCUGUCACGCCAUCCAUACGGCUGAUGGUGAGACUUUACCUACGGAGGAAGUUGCAAGAUGAUAAGGUCACCCCAAGCACUGCUAUGGACAACUACAACUUGGUGGAGGCAUUAGUGGCUCACAUGUCUGAUAUCACAGAGGAGCAGCUGGUGCUUUAUGCACAGAUGGCUAAUCUUGUAUAUUCCAUAUUGAAAUGGCCGGAAAUCAAUAUAAAAGAGAUUGCAGAAAAUUUUUCUAAGUUUGCAUGUAAUGCUCAUACUAUUUGUGACAAUGAGUUAAGACCUGUGGGAACAGGAUUGUAUCCCGUAAUUUCCAUAAUCAAUCAUAGUUGUUUGCCCAAUUCUGUGUUGGUUUUUGAGGGAAGGUCAGCAUUGGUACGUGCUGUGCAACAUAUACCCGCAGGUACUGAGAACUGGCACCUACUUAACUUCACAGUUCUUAAUUAUUUCCACAGUGAAGCAGCUGUUCAAUUGAUAAGUUAUAUAGAGACUGCUGGAAGCACAAUAACUCGACAGAAGGCUCUCAAAGAGCAGUAUCUAUUCACUUGUACAUGUCCCCGCUGUUCUAAAAUGGGCCAGAAAGAUGAUAUACAAGAAAGUGAAAUUUUAGAAGGAUAUAGAUGCAAAAAUGAAAAAUGUGGUGGUUUCUUGCUUCGAACAACCGAUGGGAAAGGAUUUCAAUGCCAAGGUUGCCAACUAGUUAUGGGCAAGGAGGAGAUAAAGGAAAUUAUAACUGAAAUUGAAUUGCUAUCUGAAGAAGCAGCUUCUAAGUCUUCUUUCUCUUGCAGUUAUCAAGAAGUUAUUUCCAUUUAUAAAAAGAUUGAGAAACUGCAAACAAAGCUCUAUCAUCCUUUCUCAAUUAAUUUGAUGCAAACUCGAGAGAAGAUUUUGAAGUCAUUAAUGGAGCUGGAACACUGGACUGAAGCUUUAGCAUAUUGCAAAUUGACCAUUCCAUUCUAUGAAAAAGUGUAUCCAUCUGUUCACCCUCUGCUUGGAUUGCAAUAUUAUACUUGUGGAAAACUAGAAUGGUAUUUGGGAGAGACAGAGGAAGCUGUUAAAUCACUGACCAAGGCGGUGGAUAUACUACGGAUUACUCAUGGCACAAAUACACGUUUCAUGAAGGACCUCUUGAUGAAGUUGGAAGAAGCCCGUGCUGAAGCCUCUUGCAAAUGGUCCUCCAUACACUGCUAGAAUAACAACUUUCUCCUGCUGUUUGUACAAGCUACCAAAUACAUGGAUGGCUUGCUUUCCCUUAUUCCAAUAUUAAUAUUGACCAGAACGAUACCUUCUAAUGGAAUGUUAAUUUUGUAUGUUGGGAUGGGGGGAGUAUACUGCUCCUUUUGUUUGUUGCAGUUUACUUUUUUCAUUUGGAGAAUCAUAUCGAAUCUUCCACUCCCCCUUCACCCAAUGUGCAUUCUCCUGUAGCACCAAGAAAUGUUUUUAGACAUGAAAAGAUGUGGAGUGGUUUUGGUAAA